CCCUCACACAGCACGUUGAACACUCCGCCGCGCACCCACGUUUGUGAUUACAGGAAGGCCGACGACAAUGGAGACACCCCACCUUGAUGUCACAUCUGUCGAGUGUCUACUGCUGGCUAGAGCAAGAGCAGCAAUAGUCGUCGAGGAAACGGCGGGACGGACAGUCGGUCCGCCAAAAGAAAGGAGAUCUCCGCCGUCAGGCAGAGUCACCAUCACUGAUACCAAGUCUGUCCGCUACCCAGCUCAGAUCAGAGACCAUCUACCGAUACCGUUUAGAAGACAUGUCAUCCACCCUUGUCUCCCUUUCGUCCGCCACCAAGAUACAGCCCUCCAGUGCUCACAUCGAUGCCGCUCAUCUCGCCACUUCCCAACCUCGACCUCACCCAGCUAUCGAAGGCUUCGACACCCCGUUGAGCGCGGACACCCGAGACCCCAUCGAGCUGGCCCACCUCACCCGCGCUUUGGAACACAAGACCGCCUCCCUGAUCACCCGUAUGCUGUCUCAGCCCAUGGGCUCGCAGGUUGUUCUCUGGAACUCGGGAUGCAUCCAGUUGGAGGACAAGAACAUCAUGAUCCACGUGGACGAUGCCGUGAUCAUGUACGCUCGCUUGAAGGGAAAUCCGAGGUUCUUGUUGGUCGAAGUGGUUCACUUGGACAGGGAGGAGACCGAGUGGAAGGCUGUCUACCGGUGUGACAAGGAUCUGGGCCUCUGUUCCUCAUAUGUUCAAUAGACUUGAUGAACUGAACAUUCUCGUCUCCUCUUGUAUGAUCUCCUUGAUAGAGGUGUAGCUUCC